UUUCGUUCGUCUCUAUGUUAAGUCAUCCGGCUUCAACUGCCAACGGGUUUUGUUCGGAAGGGUGCGCGCAAAUAAUUCGGAGUAAACUAAAGUUUUCAUGUCUUGUGCUGUUGGAUAACAUGCUGCAACAUUUGUGACUGUGGUGAUAACAGUGAUGAACAAUCUUAUUGGAGCAAAAGUGAAAUUGGCUUGAAAAGUGUUGCUCCAUAUUUAGAUUUAAGCUGAUUGCAGGAGGAAAAAUGAAAAUGUUUAAAGUAUUCGUAAUUGUAUUGAGUGGAAUUUGUGCCAAAUUGGUUGCAGGGCAGUUAAUCAACACAACCAAUGAGGAAGUGAACAAUGAAUCUGAAUUCAAAAAUCUUACCAACUUAGAAAACGUGUUUGAUGUGUUUGAUAUACGUAAUGUUGGCGCUAGGUGGAAUCAUAUCAACAAACGGUUAUCAAAAAUAUGCUCCGAGGAUACGGAACAAUACUUGAAAGGAUUACAAACUGGAAAAAAUUGGGCAAUAAAAAUGGAUGACUCAACAGGAAAAUAUAACCAUGGAUUUUUUUGGGGCAACAACUACUGGACAGGAUCCAUAACGCAGUGUUCCUUCGUUUAUCGCAAAGAUAGCUCUAAUAAGAAUGUGACAAAAGUUAUGAAGAACACUGAUCUAACUUAUAUCAAUGGAAAUUUUUUGCAAGCAUCUGAUGAAAUGCAUGAGAACCCACCUUUUAUCCCAGGUUUUUACAUGCUAAAAAUACUGCUGAAUAAUACACGAACACUGGGGCCGCCACGAACCGUGUUGAUGGGUCUUUGUCUUCCAGGAUCGUGUCAACUGAAUGAUAUAGUUGAAAUGACUCGUAACAGUAACAGCACUGACAACAAUUUCCAAAUAUUGGGCGUGAGAUCACCAACACUGAAUAACUUUUCCUUGUGGAAGGACCUAACAUUCCAGAUAAUAUUUGCCGCUACUUUAGUUGUUACACUCUUGCUAAUUUCUGGCACAGGAUAUGAUCUGAUGUUGCGAAACCGAUCCAAGCAAAUAAUAAAGAAAAAAUAUUCCAAGGAUUUGACUUCGGACUCAUCUUCUGGCUUUGGAUGUACUACGUAUGACCUUACUCAAGUUAUUCCAGAGAAAAGCAGCAAACCAAAUUGUGAUGUGUUUGGAGUUCCUACUGGAAUAAAUAACAAUAAUUCAGAUGAAAAUCUUGCCAUCGGACCAGUCAGUUCAAGAGAAGAAAAACUAAGUGUUUGGUCUGAAUUGUUGCUGUUCUUUUCAACUGUAACUAACUUCAAGGCUAUAUGCGAUAAAAAUGUAGGCAAUGACACAAUUCCAUCAAUUCAUGGACUACGUGCUAUAUCGAUGUUAUGGGUGAUUUUAGGGCAUACGAUGAUUGUUGUGUUUAAAUACUCUGAUAACAUGGAACUUAGGAAAGUUGUAGAGAAGGAAAUGCUGUUUCAAAUAAUACUUAACGGAGCAUAUAGUGUAGACACAUUCUUUUUCAUUAGUGGAUUCCUUGUAUCAUAUAUAUAUUUCCGUACAAAUGCCAAAGGAAAACUAGAAAAACUGACACAAGGUGUUAAUGAGUUCACUGCCGGAACAUAUCAUUUCUUUGGAUUAGUUGGUUAUCGAUUUGUAAGGUUAACUGCACCGUAUCUCUAUGUACUUGGAGUGGUAGAAGUUGUUAUGCGUUAUCUGGAACAAAACUCUGUAUUCGAACCUCCUACACAGGAUCAUAUAAACUGCCCUAAAUAUUGGUGGCGAAAUAUUAUGUACAUCAACACUCUUUUUCCAGUGGAACAAAUGUGUAUGCUUUGGAGUUGGUACUUGGCCGAUGAUACUCAGUUUUAUAUCAUUGGUGCGAUAAUACUGAUAAUAGCCGUUCGGCAUUUCAACUUUGCUGCUGGAGUUCUUACCAUAUUCAUGGUUUCAUCUUGGGCAACAACCGCAUACAUUGCCUUUUCCAACAACCAUAUGCCUAACGCAGAUGAUCCUUUUGCCCUGUUUGAUAAGAUUUACGACAAACCCUGGACGAGACUUGGACCUUACCUCGUAGGAAUGUGUUUAGGGUGGAUACUGUUCAAAACUAACUGUAAAAUAAAGAUGUCAAAGAUUGUAGUUUCAACAGGAUGGACAAUAUCUACUGUGUUGAUACUAUAUUUGUUAUUUGGUUUAUUCAAUACUACUCUAACACAAGUAGCAGCAGCAGCGUAUAGUUCACUUAGCCACACAGCUUGGGCUAUAGCAUGUGCUUGGGUCAUCAUUGCUUGUUCAACGGGGCAUGGAGGUUGGGUCAACAAACUUCUAUCAGCUCCUUUAUUGUAUCCCUUUUCUCGAGUGACGUAUUGUGCUUAUUUGGUACAUCCAAUAGUAAACCGGAUAUAUGCGAUGGAAUCAGAUGCCCCGAUUCAUAUGUCUCCAAACAGUUUGACGACGUUAUACUUGGGACAAGUUGCAUCAUCGUAUGUGCUGGCUUUUCUAAUUUCACUUUCUUUCGAGGCUCCUGUUGUCACUAUGCUUAGAAUCAUGUCAUCUAACAAGAAAAGAGACGCAUAAUCUUCACGACACUUGAUACACUUAACCGUGGUAGUUGGUCAUUUUUUCGUUUAAUUUUUUUUUUUAGUUUGUACCCCGUUGGUUGGUCAAAGUCAAACUGAAAAGUGA